AUGUGCGAAAAAGUGAUUAUUCAGAUUUGUAUUUCUUGGGGUAAUGACUCGAAUUGUAACACCCCAAACACUGAAGUUGACUUGGAUUUUUUACAGUGUUUAUUACAAACUGUUAUUCAAUCUUUUGAUAUCAGAUUCAACACGAUUUCAUCUUCUGAAGAUAUCAGACAAUUUGUUGAUGUUUUGAAAAAGUGUUCCAAUUUGCCAGAUUAUUUGGUUAACAGUACAAAUAAUUCAAUGGAUGAUGAUGAAAACAAAAUCGAGAUUGAUAGUGAAGAUGUUGUUGAAACCACUUCUGAAGAAAUUGAAGAAGUUGAACAUUGUAUUGACGAGAAUGAAGUGAACAAUAUCCUCGGUGAAAUGUUCGGAGAAUUACCAAAGAAUGAUAUUGAACUAAUCAAUGGUGAUAAUUUAAUAGGAAUUGAUAAUACAGACUUUAACAUUGAAGGGCUCAUGUACAUGUUUUACAAACCAGAUGAAAUUAUCAAUAAAUUUUCCGAUGACACACUUGAAGGAAAUAGUGACUUUACAAUACCCAAAGGAUUCGAAGAUACCAAAGAAGAACUUGAAAAAUUGGAAUCUCUUAUUGAAAGUAAUUUGGAUUUGAUCAAAUCAGAAUCAAAAGGUAAUUACUUAAGGUCAAAAUUUGACAUUGAAUUGAUCAAAAAAACAGGUUACGUAAGAAGUUAUAACCUUUUUGAUGUUUAUCCUUUUAUGGAGAAGAAAGAUUAUCCAAAACUUGUAGAAAUAGUAAAUAUUUUACUUCCUACUUUUUCUACUUCCGUUUCUGUUGAAAGAUUUUUUUCACAAGUGAAACAUGCUCUUCAUUUGAAUUUGGAUAUUGAUGGUGUAUUUGCAAAACUAUAUUACCGUAAUUUGAAUCACAAAAUGAUUUUUGAUUUCAAAACCAAUUUCGACAAUUGA